UGACGAUGCUGCGUCGGCUGGCAUUGCUGUUUGUGCUGGAGCUGACGGCCUGGGAUGUGGCGUCAGACGGUGAGCCACUGGUGCAGAAGUGCUGCGGCCAGCAGCAGGUCCUGGACUCCGGACACGUGUGUCGCAGAGCGGGAGCAGACGUCAGCUGGGACGACGGAGGCGACCCCUGGUGGUGGCUUCCCAAGAACUCUGUCAGUCUCAACCACUCGCCGACUGAUACGGAAGCUGUGACGCAGGCACUAUCCAGCUUGAGAGCAGUGUACAACACGACGGCACCCUGUGGCCAAGAGUCGCGCCUUGAGCUGGUCAACUUGCCGGGAGAAGACAUGGACGAGUUCCGCUUGCACAUUGGACAUCAAAAAGUACACCUGGAGUUGCUGGUGUCGGACUUGUCCCCAGAGGGCGCGCUAUUGCCGGCGCACUCAUUCUGUGUGGACGGCGUGCGCGUGGGCAGCGAGCUGCUGCUCGUCGCCUUCGCCUGCGCCUGCACAGGGCCGGCGCCAUGUGUGCGCAAGUGUUGCAGGGACUACCAGGCCUACGACCUCACCGGCGGCGGCGGCUGCGUCUUCGUCACGGAAGAGGAAGAGUACCGCGACCCCAGUACCGGUCACUGGCGGCCAGCGCCAAUGGAUCCUGAGGCGAGUAGAUCGUACUUCCUGCUACGCAACCGCAAGCCCAACUGCACCGUGCGGUCACACCGUCUGCAGAGCAACACGGACGACUUCCGUCUCCGGGAAGAUGGACAUCUCCUGGUACCUGGUGGGGCGUGGCUACCGCCGGAGGAGUUUUGUGGAGACCACGUGCUAGGCAAUGCCUCUGUUACCGUGGUUUUGACGUGCCUGCAAUCAGCCAGCGCACCGUAGGUACAUGGAGUACCUGAUUUGAUGGAAUGGCCAACCGGAGUCCACGUUCCAUCCUCCGCAGGAUAUCCAUCACUCAUCCACAGUGAUCUAAAGUACAAGAGGUAGCAAAUUAAGUUGGUCUAAAUCAAAUAUAUUAUAAUUUAGUAUUUGAUCAAUCAUCAUAUCGAUAUUGGGAUUUCUCUGGCGGUUAUCACAGUACAAGGUCUUGCAAAAAUGGUGUAAGACAUGGAAGGUAAAUAUAAAAAAAGUAACUUUUCUUCAUACUCAAAUAAGAAACAAGUGUGGCCGCAGAAGAUUCAACCUUGCAAUCCCCUAUCACUGAGAAGAGCUGUCCGUUACCUUCAAAACAUCACUGCAAGGACGUGAGAGGAUGAGAAACAAUAUAGGAAAAGAAAAAAAUCAACUUUCAGGUUUCCUCAGUGAAGUUUCCAAGUCUCUGAGUUUGCAGACGAGUAACUGUUAUUAUUUUUUUCUUUCAAGAUAUUUCGACAGCUCCCCUAGUUGCCGUCGUCGGAUGCUGAGAAAAUACACACAUCAAAAGAAGUUUUGCAUCACCUCGCUUCAGAGAGUUCCGGCACCUGUACAGAAAAUUGGAAUAGAGAUCAACAUAAACAACAUUUCUACCCUUUUUAUUGCACAUGAA